UGGUAUAAAGUGAGAUUAAGCUUCAAAUUUGACAAUUAAAAAUAAAAAAUUAAAUUUUAUGCAAUUUGUUUUUGCCUCGUAGAGAAGUUUGACAACCCCAAAGGGUAAUGUUUGGGCUGACUAGAAGUCAAAAAAGGAUACGAAAGUGCUUGAAAUACAGCAAAACCCGCUCUUUUCUUGUUAGAGGAGAAAAGGUUCAGAAGUUUCUGGAGGCUGCUUGUUCAGGGAAUAUUAAGCUUUUCAAAAAAUUGGCAAAGCAACUGGAUGAUGGGAAAGGUUUGGCCGCUACGGUGGCGAAUGUGAAGGAUCGUAACAAACGAGGGGCAUUGAUUUUUGCUGCUACAGAAGACAAGAUUGAGUUGUGCAAGUACUUGGUGGAAGAGUUGAAGAUUAAUGUCAAUGAAAAAGAUGUAGAAGGUGAGACUCCUAUUCUUCAUGCUGCUAGGCAAGGACACACUGCUACUGUCCAGUACCUCAUCGAACAGGGUGCAGAUCCUGCUCCCAUCCCCUCGGGGCCAACAGCUUUGCAUCAUGCUGCAGGAAAUGGACAUAUUGAAUUGGUAAAAUUCUUACUGUCAAAGGGCGUAGAUGUUGAUUUACAAAGUGAUGGUAGUACACCACUUAUGUGGGCUGCAGGUCUUGCCCAGGCAGAUGCUGUUAAGGUUUUGCUGGAACACCAUGCUAACCUUCAUGUUAAAACAGAAGGUGAUAAUAUCAGUCCUUUGCCAUUAGCUGUAGCAGCCAAUUCAUUGCCUUGCGUGGAGCUGUUAGUAAAGGCAGGGGAUAAUGUCAAUGUUAGGACUAGUGAAGCAACUCCUUUGCUAAGUGAUGGUGAAGCAACUCCUUUGCUCGUUGCUGCUCAUAGAGGAAAUGCAGAAAUUAUUAACUACUUACUACAAGCUGGAGCUGAUCCUAAUGCCGCUGAUGAGGAUGGUAAUAAGCCACUACAUGUUGCAGCUACAAGAGGCAGUCGGGCAGCUGUUAAAGCUUUAUUGCCCGUCACACCACGGAUUCAGAGUGUUCCAGAAUGGACGGUGGAUGGAGUCAUUGAGUUUAUGCAAGCUGAAUACAGGAGAAAACAGGUCAUUGGGUUUAUGCAAGCUGAGUAUAGGAGAGAACAGCAGGAAAGAACAGAAGCUGCGAGGAAAGCAAACAAGUCAAGAGUUCCAAAGAAAGAUAUACCCAAGGUGACUCCUGAAGCAAAGAAGAAAGCUGCAGAUGCAAAGGCGAGCGGAGAAGAGGCAUUUAAGAGGAAGGAUUUUGCUACGGCUGUAGAUGCUUAUACGCAGGCAAUUGAUUUUGAUCCAACUGAUGGCACUCUGUUUUCCAAUAGAAGCCUUUGUUGGCUCCGCCUGGGGCAAGCUGAACAUGCCUUAAGUGAUGCCAAGGCCUGAAGAGAACUGAGACCAGAUUGGGCAAAAGCUUGUUAUCGGGAAGGUGCAGCUCUAUGUCUAUUGCAGGCAUGCCCUUCUUCUCCUGGA